AUGACCUCGGGGGCCGCCGUGGUGGUGGACGGGGCAGCAGCGACCGCCCUGGCUGACGUGGCCGCAGACGUAGCCGCGGCCGUGGGCUGGCGUCCUCGUGUCGACACCACUACGUCGUCAUCGUCGGCUGGCGGAGUCCCGGUCGUGCAGGCCGCGCCCGGCGAGAUGGUACUGGCGUCGGCGUCGGCCAGCAAGCCGCCGACCGUGGCCAGCGUGGCGACCCAGGAGCAGGACGUCCUGGCCGCCGUGCUCUCGGGCACCUUCACCGCCAUCGCCACCACCAUCACCAGCGACGACAACAGCGGCGACAACAACAGGGACAGCAUCGGCAGUGGCGGCUACGGCCACUCGGCGGCGCUCGCGACCACGGCCGUCGUCGCCACCUCGACCACCCACCGUAGCGGCAGCGGCAGCAAAAAGCUGAAGGGCAAGCCCGGGUCGGCCACGAUUGACGUGGCUGCUGACGUCAGCAGCAGCGACGACGACGUCGUUAAGGAGGAAAAGAAAGAGAAGAAGAAGGAAAAGAAGGAGAAGAAGAACACGAGCAGCAAGCGGCUGCUGUCGGAGGAUUCGUUGGCUUCGUCGGCUUCGCAGUCGACGCUGUCUCCGACGGCGGCGUGGACGUCGUCGUCGCCGGCCGUGUCGACAGCGCGCGGGCGGAAGAAGAGCGGCCAAUUGGGCGAGCCCCAGUACGCGCUCGACCUCGUGGUCCAGAGCGCCGCGGACCUGGUCGCCGCCAACCGCAACGGGCUUUCGGAUCCGCAGGUGCGGUUGAGCGGGUGCGGGCAGAAGUUCAAGACCAAGUACAUCUCCAACACCCUCAACCCCGAGUGGCACCAGAGCUUCAGCUUCACCAAAGUCCAGGACCCGGAGCAGGACCGGAUUCUGUUCGAUGUGCGCGACCACGAGAACAUCGGCAAGUCCAAGCCACUGGGCACGGCGGUGCUGGAGCUGAAGCAGCUGCGGGUGGGCGAGGAGACACCCGUGUGUCUGCCGAUGAUGGGCCUCGCCAAGAACGACAAAAUGCAGAUCCCCGCCACCGGCCGCCUCUACCUCUCCGCCACCCUUCGAUCCAAGGAGCAGGAUGAGAACAAGAAGCGGGCCGAGGAGCCGAACGAAGGCGGCGCCGUGCCGGCGCCGACGAGCAAGCGCGCGGACGAGAGGGUCGUGGAGACCACCACCAGCGCCACCGGCAGCGGCAGCACCGCGGCGUUGGGCUCGGGACCGGUCCCGGCGCCCAGGAGCAGCGAGGAGCCGCGUCCGGCGCCGGUUCAGCCGAUCUCCGGCCCUCCGUCCCUGGGCGGCGUCGGCGAGCCCCACAAAAAGCCCCCCUCUCCUCCCUCCACCCCCCGCUCCGCUCCCCCGUCAGCCGAGGGGGUGGACCUGGCGGACUUGGACGACGGGCUCGACACGGUGGUGACCGAGGACGAGGCGAGCGGCGUCUCCAAAGAGGCCAUCCUGCGCCAGGAGGGACCCCUCCAGAUCCGCACCCUCAAGGUGUGGAAGGAGCGUUGGUUUUCGCUUGCCGACGACGGCCACCUCGUCUAUUGGAAGAACCAAAAGAAGAAGAAGCUGUUGGGGAUGAUCGAUUUCCGGGGGUGCGAGGUGCGGGUGCGCAUCGCCACCCACAAGUCGGUGGAGAAGGCCAAGAAGAUGGCCAACGGCAAAUCGGCCGAGAAGGCCAACAAAAAGCUGCGCUUCGCCUUCGAGAUCGUGCAACCGGCCAACAAACCCAUCUUCCUCCGCGAAACCCCGAGCGGGGCACAGCUGAAGUCGUACAAGGCGCACGGCCGCACGCACCGGUGCCUGCUGCGGGCCGGGUCGAAGAUGGCCAUGGACGACUGGUUCUACGCCAUCAACUACUCCGCACACAGCCUCCAGACGAGCGAGGGGCUGUUCUCGAUCCCGGCGAGCGCGAAGAUGGUGCCGGUGCCCUACCUCAGCAUCCUCAUCGCACGCCACUUCGAGGACAUGCGCACGUCGUCGAUCAUGCGGCACGUGCUCAUGAAGAAGCUCGGCGGCAAGCUCUCCGCAGUGCGCCGGCCCCCGGCCUUGGGUCCGUUGGUUCUGGAGGACUUCGACCUGGGCCAGAGCAUGAAGGACAUCUUCAAGGGCAUGCGCGCCUGCACCACCGACAUCCCCAACGAAAUGCUGGGGGAGAUCGACAUCAACUACUCGAACGGGGUCAGCCUGCGCGUGUCGACCUUCCUCACGAAGGGCAUCGUGCAGAUCCCGCUCGUCGUCGUCAUCAACAUCCACCUCCUCGCCGGCAAGUUGAAGGUGUAUUGUCCGGCGGACGUGAGCGCCAAGUGGUGGGCGUGCUUCAAUCGGCUGCCGGAGCUCAACGUGGGCAUCACCCUCUACAUCGACGGACGCAAACUGCCCGUCAGUUCACUGCCGAAGCUGCGGCAUUGGGUGUUCCACGCCAUUCAGAACAUGGUGCGCGACCGCCUGGUCUGGCCCGCCCGCCUCAAGUUCCGCUUCCCCUUCCCCGGCCAACGCAUCGAUAUGGAGAUCGUGUACGCGGUGGUGCGACCGCCGACGGCGCCGGCGCCGGUGGUGCCGGUGGAGAUGAACGAGGUGGUCGCCCGGCGCUACCUGGCCACGCGCUACUUUGAAGAAAUCAUCAACCGACGCCAGAUCCACCUGAUCGAGGAGCUGUUCACGGCCGACUGCGUGGUGCACGGCGGACUCGCGGCCAACGGCGAGGCGGCGCUCGGGCCGCUGCACGGCGUGGAGGGGGUCUACACCCACGUCUCCGCCCUCCUCACCGCCUUCCCGCGCGUGCGUUUCAUUUGCGAGAGCGUGAGCGUGGAGGGCCAGUACCACGCCAUCGUGCGCUGGAAGGCGCGCGCCACCAACGACGGACCCUUCCUCGGCCACACCCCUCUCGGGGAGGAGGUGAUCCUGCACGGCGUGACGGUGAACGUGAUCCGGUACGGCAACCAGCGGAUCGCGGUCCAGCACCACUACUUCGACGCAGAGGCCGUCGUCAACCUCCUCUCCACCAACCGCGCCCCCGCCACCCUUCCGGCCCAACCGUCGUGA